CCCAUUGGACUUGAUCUUACGCAGUGCCCCCAGCUUAACGUGUAUUUGUCUGUGCCACCAAUUCACCAGGGUUCAUCAUCUCUCUCCCUCCGCGUUUAACACCGUACCUCUUCUCAAUUGACAGAAGCGCAGGCAGCGAAAUGGAGGCACUCCAUCUUUGGUGUUCAAUCAUCUCCACCUUCUUCACAACCCUCGUUCUCUCCCUCGUUCUCCCCCUCUCUUCUCUCCUCCGCCGCUGCUCCCGCAGCCAAUCCUUCUCAGAACCGGCGUCGACCGUCUACCAAGGCACCGUCUGGCACGAGCGCCGCCGUCCCGUCCGACAUUCUUUCAAGUACACCGUCCGCUACGCCCUAAUUGAUCUCGACCGCGCCGCCCGCCCCCCGCCCGACCAUCUCUCUGCCGACCAUUGUCGCUCCAUUGCUCAAACCGACGGUCCAGUUUUCCUAUUGACCAUUCCUCCUAGCGUCGGUUAUGAACAGAAUCCGUUAAGCUUGUAUUACUGCUAUGACUCAGAAGGCUGUACUGUGAACUUGAAGAAAUGCAUUGCUGAGGUGACUAAUACACCAUGGGGCGAACGGGUAUCAUUUUUGUUCAAUCCCAAAACUGAUUUAGUUGCGAAACCACUGCACGUCAGUCCUUUCAUGGAUAUGCUUGGGAAUUGGAAAAUCAGAGCAAAUGCACCUGGGGAUAGUCUGUUUAUAUCAAUUUCAGUUCACCAUCCCAAGCUUGGUGAAUAUUUCACUGCUACCUUAACAGCCGAAAGAAUAUCGUCAGUGGCAGCUGACUCUGCUCUGUUUUUCUGGUUGAUGCCCCAUAGAGUUGCAGUUUGGAUAUACUGGCAUGCUCUCAAGCUGUGGUGGAAAGGCGUACCAUUCAUCCAACAUCCAAGGUAUUCUCACCAGGAAUAUAGGGAAGAAGCUUUGGUGCGUGACAUGAAACUUCAAUGCUGUCAGGCAUUUCAACAGGAUGAACAAAACCAUCUGCGCCUUGAAGGAAAUGAUUCUGAUUAUGUGAAGAAUGGGGGAAAUCGUAGAUUCGCAUGGAGGGAUGCUAAGUGGCCCUGGGCCUGAAUACAAGCAGUAAGUCUGUUUCCUCUCAGUUCAACAAUUGACAGAGUAAUGGCCUAAAGCUACUUUUUCAUUCAUUGUUUCUCCAAUGAUAAACCAAACAAAAAAGUACAUUUAAUUGCUUGCCUGAUCUAUACUUUGAAGAUAACAAGGUUUGCAAAUGCACAGAUCUAUUUUCUUGAAUAAAAGGAUAUUGUGAUA